AUGUAUGGUCUUCUCAAGCGUACCAAGAUCCCUACGACCAACAACGGCCCGACCAACGCUGUUCGCAUCAACUGCAGCGUCAGUCAGAAGAUUUACGGCAGACCUGUCUUCGAAAGUGUCACAAUGCCAGACAAGGUGGUCGAAGAAUUGAUGGAACCUUGGGUGCUCAAUGGCCAGUCAUCUCAGAUCGCCCGUCGCAUUGGCACUCCUCUCCGCGCAUUCAUCGAACAUCAGCACCAAAGAACGCCUGACGUUCGUAUGAACUGGCCGUACGCCGUAUAUCCUCACGUUAGCUGUGAGCUCAACACAGAGGAGGACUCCAACAUCUGGGGAUGGGCACUGGACUACUGGAAGAUGAAUGCCGGUGAUGCCUACGUGAUCAGAGAGGAUGGAGAACCGCUGUGUCCUAGAUUCCUUGAGAUUCUGUGUGCUUGGUGCUAUCAAGAGUUGAAUUUCGCCCGGGCCAUGGAGGAGCUCCACACUGUUCCUGUCGACAACAGAAAGGAUAUCCUUGCUCUGGUUACCAAGGAAAACUUUGAGGCUUACAGAGAGAAGUUCGAGAAGGAAGGCAGAGUUGCAGACUACAACUGGCAGGAGCCUUUGAGCGAAGAUUUGAAGGAGAUGCUUCUUGCAGAAGGAGUCCAGGNNUCUGAAGGCGUCGGAAAGAAGGAGAUGGUGUUUUGA